AUGAGACAGGGAUCAGAUGAGACAGUCAGGGAUCAGAUGAGACAGGGAUCAGAUGAGACAGACAGGGAUCAGGUGAGACAGGGAUCAGAUGAGACAGUCAGGGAUCAGACAACACCAACUGAUAACAUUGACACUCCAACAUCAGAGAUCAACCCAGACACACCACCACCAGCUGAUCACAUUGACACUCCAACAUCAGAGAUCAACCCAGACACACCACCACCAGCUGAUCACAUUGACACUCCAACGUCAGAGAUCAACCCAGACACACCACCACCAGCUGAUCACAUUGACACUCCAACAUCAGAGAUCAACCCAGACACACCACCACCAGCUGAUCACAUUGACACUCCAACGUCAGAGAUCAACCCAGACACACCACCACCAGCUGAUCACAUUGACACUCCAACAUCAGAGAUCAACCCAGACACACCACCACCAGCUGAUCACAUUGACACUCCAACGUCAGAGAUCAACCCAGACACACCAACACCAGCUGAUCACAUUGACACUCCAACGUCAGAGAUCAACCCAGACACACUACCACCAGCUGAUCACAUUGACAAUCCAACAUCAGAGAUCAACCCAGACACACCACCACCAGCUGAUCACAUUGACACUCCAACAUCAGAGAUCAACCCAGACACACCACCACCAGCUGAUCACAUUGACACUCCAACAUCAGAGAUCAACCCAGACACACCACCACCAACUGAUUACAUUGACACUCCAACAUCAGAGAUCAACCCAGACACACCACCACCAACUGAUCACAUUGGCACUCCAACAUCAGAGAUCAACCCAGACACACCACCACCAACUGAUCACAUUGACACUCCAACAUCAGAGAUCAACCCAGACACACCACCACCAACUGAUCACAUUGACACUCCAACAUCAGAGAUCAACCUAGACACACCACCACCAGCUGAUCACAUUGACACUCCAACAUCAGAGAUCAACCCAGACACACCACCACCAGCUGAUCACAUUGACACUCCAACAUCAGAGAUGAACCCAGACACACCACCACCAGCUGAUCACAUUGACACUCCAACAUCAGAGAUCAACCCAGACACACCACCACCAGCUGAUCACAUUGACACUCCAACAUCAGAGAUCAACCCAGACACACCACCACCAGCUGAUCACAUUGACACUCCAACAUCAUAG